AUGGUUCUACCUGGUCACAUUCCGACUCUGAGGGGUCCUAUGCGUGAGUUGGUUGUGGACUUUGUUGACAUGAUAAAACCAGUUGGAGUCCAAUCUGCUGAUGACGCAGGCGUGUGUUGGCAGCAGCUGUGCCUCCUCUACAGACCAGCAUUUAAGCUGCGCUCAGUCCAAAACUCGUCGCCGGACCGUAAACAGUCUUCAUCCGGAUCCACCGCCAAGCCACUCUGUCAGCCGGCGACUCCUGCCACAAGGAACCGGAUCCUCUCUCACCUGCCUGCCACCUGUCCGUUCUCUUCAGUCCGUCCGUCCCGACGCCCCUCAUCAGCCAUGGCUCUGUCCACCAACCGGCAUCUGCUCUGCUCGCCUUCCACUCCAUGGUUCCCCCGGCGUCUGCCACUGGUCUCCACCCGCCUUCCCACCGCUGUGUCUGCGACGCCAACCUUCUUCCCCUCCCUGACUCCAUUACCAACCCCACUCCCUGCUUCCCCUCUCUCCUCGUUCGGCUCCCAUCAGAUUGAGUAUGAGGACUUCCAACUGGGCAUCAGCCUGAUCAACUGGUGCAUGGUAGAGAAUGAGGAGGUUGUGCUGUCACCACAACCUGUUGAAGCUGAAGCGGGGGCCACUGACACAGUUGAUGGUAAUGAGGGCAUAACUGAGGAGAGCGAUACAACGCCUCUGGUACAGGAUCUCCAGGACCCAGGUGAAACAAGUAGAGACCUGGACCCAUUAAGUAUGGAGGUUCUCCUGCCCGAUCCUGAACGGGUCAACAACUUUGAGUUCAACUGCGAGUUUGAGUUCAACUGA